UUGAUGAAGGUUUAUAUAAGUGUAAUUUAGGUUUAAUUUGGGAUUAUGGGGUUUGGUUAUUAUGGUUGUCUCCCUUGUUUCUGGAAUAGGAAGUGAUAUAAUAUUUGAAUUAGGUUAUUAAGUACUGUGGAGAAUCAAUAAUAAAAUGUAAAUUGUUUUUGUACUUGAUGAAUUUGGUACUAACAUUCUAGGUAGUUUCUGAAAAUAAUUCAAUUAUUGUAUAUAGUUUCUAAUAAUAAGUCAAUUGUAUAUAAUUUAUGACAAAAAAAAAAAAAAAUUACUCCAGGUAGUUUUUGUUAAUUUCUGUAGGUAGAAUUUGAUAAUUUAUCCUAUAAACUAAUGUAAAAUGUAAACUAAUAUAUGCGACCCCUUAAUUUAAGGCCAUGUGUUCGUACACCUUGCAUGUCCUAACUUUACCCCGGAUUGAGAUUGUGACAAUUCUUAGUUGAGUAGAGAAGGGUGUUGUAUUAGUUUAUCAGGAAGUUGAAUAAACAUAUUAAUAAUAUGUUUGAUGUAGAGACAUCAAAAGGGUUAGUACAAGGAAAGUUUGAGUAUCUAAACACAAUUUCACUGAAAUUAAUUGAAUCUGGGAAAGGUUUCUGAGUUGAUUAAUGGGUUCUUUUUUGGGAUUGUCUGAAAGGGGGUUAUAGUGCAAAAAUGUGGUUAAAAGAAUGGUGUUGCAGCAAUGAAAGUGAUGUGUUUAUCAUGAUGCCAUAUAUUGGUCGAAGACAUGACAUGUCCCUCAAAAUGGCUCAAAACGCGGUAUUAUUGGUCGAAAACACAAUGCGGAAAUAUUGGUUUGAUUUUUCAAAAAAACCUUUACAACACGACCAAUGCGAUGCGGCCUUGUUGUUCCAUUCUGGAUUUCAGGAAUUCUGGGAGUAGGGCUUGCUGGUGUUUUACUUUUUGCAGGAAUUACCUCUGCGGCAUUGUCAAUAGGCAAGAGGAGCAGCUCUAGGACCAUGCCAGAAAUGAAGCCACUUACGGAAGAGCAAGAAGUAUUGACUUCUGAAGAGACUUACAGGGAAGCAGAGAAUAAUUACGAUGUAAAAAACAUUACUCAGGAUGAAGCUAACACACAAAAUAGUCAUCAUCUAGAGAGCAAGGCAGGAACGAAUAAUGAUCUUUCCUUAUCAUCAGAACCAGCAGAUGUUAGCCAAAGGGAAUACCUUGAUGAAGCCAACAAAGAGUCUUUAUCUGUUCAAGAAGAAUCAACAUCAGACACAAACAAUCUUGAUACAAUCACAAUGUCUCCUGACAUUCCUCAAAUAGAAAAUAUAGACGACUCCGUUGUGGCUUCUAGCACUGUAGAUUCACGAAGCACCAUUGUGGUGAGUAAAACAGAAUACAGCCUGGAUGUUGGGCUAAGUGAAAAUGAGCAGCGAGAAACCCUUACUGCAAGCCAAACAGAUGCUUCCAUGUCUACACUUCAGUCAUCUUCUAGUGUUGCUUUUCUUUCAGAUUCUGAAGUUCUAGAUAAUUCAGCUUCCGCUGUAACUCCAGAAACAGACAGUAAUACCCGAGGCAAAGUAUUGGUAGUUCCAUUAGUUGUAAGCAAGGAAGACAGUGCACUUUCAUUUCCUGCUGAAAUUGAUAAUGUAUCCAUUGGCACUAGUAGUUCAAUGGAGACUGCAGCUUCUGGGGCGGCAUCUUUUGUUGCUAAACUAUCUGCAGAUGAACAGCGCGAUAGUAGUAUUGGUGAUGCUGGAAGAUCUGUUUCUGAAUCACAAUCUUCAAAGAAUCCCUUUACUUCUCGUGGGAUUCCUGCACCUUCAAUGCUCUCUGCAGCACUUCGGGUGACUCCUGGAAAGGUUUUGGUCCCCGCAAUCAAUGAUCAAACUCAGUCACAAGCUUUGAUGGCAUUGCAAGUGUUAAAGGUAAUUGAGAGUGAUGCUCAACCUGGUGAUAUCUGCACUCGUCGUGAGUAUGCCCGUUGGUUGGUUUCUGCAAGUAGUGCUCUUUCACGAAACUUGAUCUUGAAGGUUUAUCCAGCUAUGUAUAUUGAAAAUGUUACCGAGCUUGCAUUUGAUGAUAUUGGACCUGAAGAUUCGGACUUCACAGCCAUCCAAGGAUUGGCAGAAGCUGGACUUAUAUCUAGCAAGCUCUCAAAACAUGAUAUGCUUUCUUCUACUGAUGGAGAUAUUGGGUCCUUCUACUUCCAUCCCGAUAGCCCUUUAUCUCGUCAAGAUGUUGUGACCUGGAAGAUGGCCCUGGAGAAAAGGCCGUUACCAGAAGCUGACAGAGAGGUUCUGCGCAAAAUUUCAGGUUUCAUAGACAUCAACAGAAUUGACCCUGAUGCAUGUCCUGCACUUGUGGCUGACUUAUCUGCAGCAGAUCAGGGGAUUGUGGCCCUUGCAUUCGGCUACACGAGGCUUUUUCAGCCUGAUAAACCAGUUACAAAAGGCCAGGCUGCAAUUGCUCUUACAACUGGGGAGGCAGCUGAAGUAGUCAGUGAAGAGCUUGCUCGUAUUGAAGCAGACUCCAUUGCUGACAAAGCAGUUGCUGCACAUAACGCAUUGGUGGCAGAAGUUGAGAAGGAUAUAAAUGCGAGCUUCGAGAAGGAGCUUAUGUUGGAAAAAGAAAAAAUAGACGCUGUGCAGAAGAUGGCUGAAGAAGCAAUGCAAGAAGUGGAAAGGCUUAGAGCAGAGAGAGAAGAAAAACACAUUGUCCUAAUGAAGGAACGAGCUACUGUGGAAUCCGAAAUGGGAGUUCUUUCUAGAGUGAGAAAUGAACUGGAGGAGCAAUUGCAAAAUGUCAUGAGUAACAAGGUUGAAAUAUCAUAUGAGAAGGAACGGAUUGAAAAGCUUAAGAAAGAGACUGAAGAAGAAAACCAAGCUAUUAUCCGAUUGCAAUAUGAAUUGGAGGUUGAACGAAAGGCUCUUUCCAUCGCCCGGGCGUGGGCUGAGGAUGAAGCAAAAAGGGUACAAGAGCAUGCAAAAGCACUGGAGGAGGCUAGAGAUCGCUGGGAGAGAAAAGGCCUGAAAGUGGUCGUUGAUGAGAAUCUUCUGGAAGAGGCCUCACCUGAUACUACAUGGACUACUGUGGGGAAAAAGCUCUCAGUAGAAGAAACAGCUGGGAGGGCUGAAACUUUGAUGGACAAGCUCAAGUUCAUGGCAAGGAAAGUUGGUGGGAAAUCGAAAGAGUUAAUUAACGAGAUCAUCCAGAAGAUACAGUCUCUAGUGUUAGCAGUCAAAGAAUGGAUUUUCGACGCAUGCAAGCGAACAACAGAGUUCAAAGACGUUGCUGUUGCAAAAGUAGGUGGAUCAGUACAAGAGUUGCAACAAAAUGCAGCUGGUUUCGGUACAACAUUGAAGGAAGGAACUAAACGUGCUUUUGGGGACUGUAGAGAAGGUGUCGAGAAGCUAACUCAGAGGUUUAAAAUGUAAUGUAAUUGUUUCGGAUUUUUGUCACGUUUCCAACAAUAUACUUUGUAUGUAUUUUCCGUUGAUCAUCUGGCCAACGAGAAUAAUGAUGCCUUAGAGAUAGGGAGACUUGGGCGAUUGGCAUAACUGGCGACACACACAGAUGAUCCAAAUAGGAGAGUUCUGAAGCCAACAUAUGACCAAAUCGGAAAUCAUUGUACUAAUUCGUAAGAUAGAAACCCAUUUAGUUGGCCUUGUAGUAUUCAAUAAUGUAAUUGUUUUGGCUUUAACAUUCAAUAAUGUAAUUUUUGAUAUUCUCUUCUGAGGAUAUUUUAACCUUCAUCUCUUCACGCCUGGGCAACAUUAAUUA